AUGCGGGGCUGUCAACUUCCCCUGCUAUCGGUGGGAUUGGCCUUGUUUUUCGGGCUCUUCGUUUCGGCACAAUUGGGAGCGCACAGUAAGUGAAAUCGGUCUUAAAACUGAAUAUUUUGGUCAUGACAAAUUUGGAUGCCACACUCCAAAACCUCUUUUCUAUUGUUUAUGACUGUUUCUAUCGCGAUAAAAAUGUUCCGGCAACUGUUUUAAAGUGUUGCACCUUGCUGACCUUCUCCUUUCACGUUUUCUCGCCCUUCUUUCUCUCGGACCGGUCCUUUCCACAAAUUUUCCCUGAGGCGUUUGCCCUUUCCAAACAUGGGGUGAUCCAUCUCCUUCCCAAACGUUUGGUUUUCCCUUUCGCUUUCCGGUUUCGGCUGACCCGAAAAGUGGAUGGAUCGUCGCUGAACGGCUCUGUUUUCGCUCACGGAACAUCAUAAAUAAUAGAAAAAUGGAGGAUUCACAACACCAUUAUGCGUUUAUUACCUUUUCUGGCGCCUAAUCAAACUCAAAAGGAGGCUUUCCGAGAAGAAACAGGCUCUGAAUACGGAAAAGGCCCAAAAUGUCAGCAAAAAUAUUAUACUAGACCUACUACAAUAUUCUAUGGCAAAUAAUAGAAACGAGUUUUCUGAUAACCGGAACUAUUCAAAGUCUAAAUAAAACAGCUCAUGAAGUCUUCAAACUGAACCAUUCGAUAAUCUCAACCACUAAAAAAUAGAGAUAAACAGAUCGUUUCCAGGACAAGGGCAGAUUAUUGCUGAUCUGGGGAAAUUGAUUGUGGAGAACUGCCCUCCCAUGUUGUGCACUGGUCUUGAUUGUGCCGUCGUAACAGAGAGAAAUGGAUGUCAGGUAAGCGGAAUCUUCCCCGUCAAAAUAACUUGAGUUAUUAUCAAUUUUAUACGAAUUCUAUCGCUUCAGUUGUGCGCUUGUCCAAUUGGAUCUCCCGCUCGGGGCUGUGAUCCAAUGCCAUUUGUUUUAUGGCACGAUCUCAUUGUGAAUGGAUGUCCUAACGUCACAGUCAACAGCCGAGACCCCGCUCAGAAGGUGCAUCGGUGGUUCAGAAGGGUAAGAUUAUACUGCACUAGAGAUUUGAUCUCUUCCCAAUUUCUCGUCGAAAAAGGCGUAGAACAAAGGUUCCGAGUGAACACAAUCGUCGGAUGUGACAUCGCAGAUAUUCUCAGAAUGUUUAGUCACGAUUGCGUGAUCCUCAUUGGAUUGCGCAACGUCCGAUUGGCGUCCAAUUCGUUGGAAAACCAGUCGAAUUAGGGAAGAUCGGGCGAUGUCUGUUGCAAAGUGAACCUCUACUCCUCUCUUAUCACAAAUGGUUUAGGUGAACCGGUUCACGAACACUGACCAGUGCGAGCCCUACAUCUUCCCCUACUGCUCCGAACUCGACUUCAACCUCUGGCGCUCACCCCGAACCAAGCAAGAAUGUGAAUUAUAUUGCUAUUCCGUCGACGAACAGAGGAAACGAGGCAUCAUCUAA